UUGGAGGAGAGGAGGAUACUCAGAGAAAAAAAGCCUCUCCAUCUUGUGCAACUACAGACCGCAGCAGCACUUGCCUCCCUCUCUUACGCGUAUGGCUUCUGGGUUUUCUCAGUCGUAAUCUGCUGGUUGUGUGAUAAAGCGCUCGAGUGGAGGUAACGCGUCCUGAACAUGAGGCGUCUGAAGGAGACUGCGGUCUGCGCGAUAGUGCCGCUGCUUCUCUCUCUGUGCACCACAACGACGCAUGCAGCUAAUCUGAUCGAUGUAUUACGGGUACUGGAGCUGUCUGAAGACAUGGAGGGAGUGUCAGUGGAGGCCGGCCUGUGCACCGAAAGAAAGGACACAUCAGAAACAGACAUGGCUUACAGGAUCGACAAAAAGAUUCAACUCAGUGCCCCAACUAAACAGUUCUUUCCAGAUUCUGCUUUCCCUGAGAACUUCUCUCUGAUGACCACUGUCAAGGCUAAGAAGAACUCUCAAUUCUUCCUGGUGUCUUUGUAUGAUGAGCAGGGAGUCCAACAGCUGGGGCUGGAGCUUGGCCGAUCGCCUGUAUUCCUCUAUGAAGACCACCAAGGCCAGCCAGCUCCAGAUCUCUACCCCAUUUUUAAGAAAAUCAAUCUGGCUGAUGGGAAAUGGCAUCGGAUAGCCUACAGCGUGGAGGGCAAGUCUGUUACGCUCUACCUGGACUGUAAGAAGGAGCAGACGCUGGAAUUGAUGCGUGGAGAGAGCCCUGCGGUCAGCACGGACGGAGUCGUUGUUUUUGGGACGCGGCUGCUAGAUGAGGAAGUAUUUGAGGGUGAGAUCCAGCAGCUCUUGCUCGUGGAUGAUCCUCAGGCUGCGGCUGACUACUGCCAAGAUUACAUUCCUGAUUGUGACAGCCCUUUGCCCUACAGUACCCAGAGUCUGGCUCCUGAAGAGGGUCCUGAGGGACGUCCAGGGCUGCCUGGCGCUGAUGGGAUACCGGGUCCUCCAGGCACUUUGCUUAUGUUACCCUUCCAGUAUGGAGGAGACUCUCAGAAGGGGCCUGUGAUAUCGGCUCAAGAGGCGCAGGCUCAAGCCAUCUUACAACAGACCAAACUAUCAUUGAAGGGCCCUCCAGGUCCAUUAGGUCUCACCGGGAGGCCGGGCCCAGUGGGUCUACCAGGUCCCAGUGGACUAAAAGGGGACAGUGGAGAGCCUGGGCAUGCGGGCCCACGUGGGUUGCCAGGUCCUGCUGGUCUUAAUGGGAAACCAGGGAAAAGGGGUCGAUCAGGGGCAGAUGGAGGUCGAGGGGCUCCCGGAGAGACAGGAGCAAAGGGGCUAAGAGGACUUGUGGGGCCAAGAGGGCCACCUGGCUCACUUGGGCAGCAGGGAAUUCAAGGCGUCGAUGGUGUUCAAGGGGCAAAGGGCAACUUGGGACCACCUGGUGAGCCUGGACCUCCAGGUCAACAGGGGAACCCAGGCAUACAGGGCUUCCCUGGUCCACAGGGGCCUAUAGGCCUGCCAGGAGAGAAGGGCCCUGAGGGCAAACCUGGAAUGCAGGGCCUUCCUGGGAUUGAUGGUCCUCCAGGUCAUCCUGGAAGAGAGGGACCCCCUGGGGAGAAAGGACACCAGGGUUUAUCAGGAGCACAAGGGCCGGUUGGAUAUCCCGGGCCCCGUGGAGUCAAGGGCGCAGAUGGGGUGAGGGGACUGAAGGGUAGCAAGGGGGAGAAGGGUGAAGAAGGUUUCCCAGGGGCCAAGGGUGACAUGGGCAUCAAAGGAGAUAGAGGUGAUAAUGGGGCUCCUGGAAGUCAUGGUGAAGAUGGACCAGAAGGGCCGAAGGGUCAGUCAGGAUCCCUGGGAGAGGCUGGAUCUGCGGGCAUUGCUGGAGAAAAGGGCAAACUUGGUGUUCCAGGAUUGCCUGGAUAUCCCGGCAGGCAAGGCUCAAAGGGAUCAGUGGGCUUUCCUGGAACAGCUGGGGUGGAAGGAGAGAAAGGAAAGAGGGGUUCUGCUGGACAGGCUGGUCCCGAUGGUGAAAGAGGUCCAAAUGGUGCACGUGGGGGAAGAGGAGCAAGAGGACCGACAGGAAACCCUGGAGCCAAGGGCUCUGCUGGUCAUGACGGCCCACAAGGUGCCGCAGGAGAGAGAGGCCCUCAAGGUCCACAAGGACGCGAUGGAGAAGCCGGGCCAAAGGGACCAAACGGCCCUCCAGGAAAGGACGGGUUGCCAGGUCAUCCAGGCCAACGGGGAGAGCCGGGAUUUCAAGGAAAGACUGGAUCCCCUGGGCCUGCUGGAGUGGUUGGCCCACAGGGAAAGACUGGGGAGACUGGCCCCACCGGUGACAGGGGACAUCCGGGUGCCCCAGGACCUCCUGGAGAGCAAGGUCUACCAGGAGUCACAGGCAAAGAGGGAGCCAAGGGAGAUCCAGGCCCUGCAGGGCUGCCCGGGAAGAGUGGUCCUGCUGGACGUCAUGGAUUCAGAGGAGAAAGAGGCUUACCUGGCACUCCGGGUACUGCAGGUUUGAAGGGUGGGGAGGGCCCCCCUGGUGUUGCAGGACCAAUAGGUGCCACAGGAGAAAGAGGACCCGCUGGACCUGCAGGUGUCAUUGGUCAGCCUGGCCGUACGGGAGGUGUCGGCCCCCCUGGACCAAUGGGAGAGAAGGGCGAGCCGGGUGAGAAAGGUUCAAUUGGUCCUGCUGGGCGAGAUGGAGAACAAGGGCCUGUGGGAUUACCUGGUCCUGCAGGGUCGCCUGGUCCACCUGGAGAGGACGGAGAUAAGGGGGAGACAGGAGGACCAGGACAGAAAGGCAGCAAAGGAGACAAGGGAGAGGGGGGUCCCCCAGGGCCGCCUGGGAGCCAAGGACCUCCUGGACAGCCAGGAUCACCAGGUCUGGAUGGAGAGCCAGGGCCCCGGGGACAGCAAGGAAUGUACGGCCCUAAAGGAGAUGAAGGUUCUCAUGGUUUUAAAGGGGCAACUGGACCACCAGGGUUGCAGGGAAUGCCAGGACCCCCUGGAGAGAAGGGAGAGAGUGGCCAUGUUGGAGCUAUGGGCCCUCCAGGACAACAUGGCCCGCGUGGCCCCCAGGGACCCAUUGGGGGAGAGGGUCCUCAGGGCAUGCCGGGCGGAGUGGGCCAGCCAGGAAUGGUGGGAGAAAAGGGUGAGGAUGGAGAAGCAGGGAAUCCAGGAAAUGUGGGCGAAACUGGCCCCCCUGGAGACAAAGGUGAAGUGGGCGAGAAGGGUGAUACUGGCUCCCCUGGGGCUGCAGGACCCCCAGGAAUCAGAGGCACACCUGGAUCAGAUGGACCCAAAGGACACCUAGGUCCCCUUGGAUUUCCUGGAGAUGCGGGACCCCCAGGAGAGCCAGGUGCUAAUGGUAUUGAUGGUGGCCCAGGAGCUAAAGGGGAUAAUGGCGAACCUGGCAAAGCUGGACCCCCAGGAGCCUCAGGAGAGCCUGGCCCUCCAGGGCCACCUGGAAGGAGGGGUCAUGUAGGCCCUGAGGGAAAAGAAGGGAAACAGGGAAAAAAGGGGGCAAAGGGUUCUGCUGGUGCCGAGGGUCCAAUGGGAAAAACAGGGCCUGUUGGACCACAGGGACACCCUGGAAACCCUGGUCCAGAGGGUUUGCGUGGGAUUCCAGGCUCUGCUGGGGAGCAAGGGUUAAAUGGGCCCCCAGGGCAAACGGGACCCCCAGGACCUAUGGGUCCAGCUGGAUUACCAGGACUGAAAGGAGAUCCCGGCAUUAAAGGAGAUAAGGGUCAUGUUGGGCUGAUUGGACUGAUUGGACCUCCAGGAGAGAUGGGAGAGAAAGGAGAUCGAGGCCUGCCGGGAAAUCAGGGAGUACAAGGCUCUAAAGGAGAUGGUGGUGUUGGUGGUCCCCCAGGCCCGACUGGUCCACCUGGACCCCCUGGGUUGUUUGGUGCAAUAGGUGAGAAGGGAUCUAAAGGAGACCAGGGAGCCAUCGGUGCAAGAGGAGAUCCAGGACCUGCUGGCCCAACUGGACCACCUGGCCCACCAGCCACUAUGAUCGAGCCUCUGCCAUUCAGAGAGGGACGUAAAAAGCGAAGGAGACACUCAAACCGACAAGGACUCGGAGCCAGGGCAGAGAGCGAAGACGAGGAAGCAGUCCAGCUCAACAUGGAGGAUUUCCUACAGGCAGACGAGUCUCUGGAUGACCCAGAAGGCAUGGAGGAGGUGUUCGCUUCACUCAACUCAAUGAAAACAGAGGUGGAGCUCAUGAGAAAACCACUCGGGACCUUCGAGAGUCCUGCCCGCACAUGCAAGGAGCUGAUGUUGUGUCAUCCAGAAUACAAAGAUGGUGAAUAUUGGAUUGACCCAAACCAAGGCUGCCAUCGAGACUCCAUUAAGGUUUUCUGCAACUUCACUGCGGAGGGGGAGACCUGUCUGCACCCUGAUAAACGAUUUGAAAUGGUGAAGCUGGCCGCCUGGAACAAAGAAAAACCGGGCAGUUGGUACAGCCAGUACCGAAAGGGCAAACAGUUCUCCUACAUUGACACUGAUGGAAAUCCAGUUCCUGUGGUCCAGCUGACCUUCCUGAAGCUCCUCAGUGCCACAGCUAUGCAGACCUUCACCUAUAGCUGCCAGAACUCUGUCGGCUGGUACGACGUGACGAGCCACAGCCAUCAAUUUGCCAUACGGUUCCGUGGAAGCAAUGACGAGGAGAUGACGCAAGCCAAAUCACCCUUUAUCACAGCACUGUAUGAUGGUUGUCAGACACAUAAGGGUCAGGAGAGGACCGUGCUGCAGAUUGACUCUCCGCGAUCCGAGCUUCUUCCGGUCAUAGAUGUGGCAGUAUCAGACUUUGGGAAUAACAACCAGAAGUUUGGCUUCCAUGUUGGACCAGUGUGUUUUAAUGGCUAACACAGAGCGCCUCAUCACAGAACUCACCAGCUAAAGCAAUGAGGCCACGAAUGCUAUUUAUUACGCAAGUGUAGACGGUGGGGUUGGUGGCAUGUUUCCAAAUUACUUUUGAACAUCUGGUGAGUUGCAAAAGCCCAAAAAUCCAUGGUGGCUACGCAAGGAUGCCAACCAGGACAAACUAAGCACAUUUAUCAAAGGGAAGUCUUUUUUUAUCUAAUUUUCUGUCUGUCUUUAUACUGUACUCACCUGUGGAUUAAAUUAUGAGGCGUGACCCACUAGAGAUCUCAGAACUGCUCUGGCUGAAAAACAAAUACAUCAUUUGUCUGUCAUCUGUGCCACAGAUCGUUUUAGCCCGUAGCAUAUAUGUUGAAUUUACAGCCUGUGACUGGGAUCUCAUAUUUGUUUGUCUCAUUUGAUAGCGAUGAUUUGAAAUUAAUUUUCCACUUGAGGGAUCAGCUUUGACAUUGAAGAGCAAAUAUUUCUCAGACCCAUGUUCCUGCCUUGACUGCAAUGUGAUGCCAACUGAGGCAAAGUUAUACCUCUUUACUAGUUUGACAAGAAAACCUGUCGCAUCAAACUUGCAGUGUUACUCAUCUUUAAUCAGUGCACACUCAUACAUAAACAAUGUUAAAUAAGGCCCGAGCUUUUCAAAACACAAAGCAGUUUAUGUGCAUGACUCAAAUGGAGCCCAGCUGCUUAUUAAUAUGUAAAGUAGUCCGCUCACUUAAGCUGCUUGUCUUGUUAGUAGGCAGCCUAGUGUGUUUGCCUGUCAGUGAUCCAUGUUUCCAUGGUGCUAGACUAUCAACCUUUGCUCCGCACAGCUGAAUUGCUUCAUAUAUGUAUGUGGUAAUGAAUGAAAAACACUGUGUCGGAUUGAGAGAGGGGUGUCAUACGAGCAUUACACUGAAGACUGACUAAAUUAUCCUUCUUUUUUAUGUAAACACAUUCAUAUUUGAAAUUGUGAUUACCAUGUUCCUGAUCAUCAACCUCAGAGUAUUGUGUGCUGUGUAUGUGUGUUGAUAUGUCUUGUUUGUUGUGUGUUCCCACUGUGGUGCUAAAAAGAUUUGUUUAGUUUUUUUGCUAUGUGUAAUGAUAAUUUGUUGUCUCAGGGGCAGAGGUAGGAAAAGGGAAGACAUCUGUGGUGCUUAAUACUAAUGGAGGGAGAUAAACACUCUCAGAAAAAAAGUGCUGUAAUAUACAGCCAAUAUGGUGCAAAAUACAUUUGUAAAAGCAGGCAUGCCAAUGAUGUAAAGCUGAUAUGUAUAUAAUAUAUUGGCAAUUUAUAUAGACGUACACAAAAAUGCUGAGAAUAAAUGCAUUUUACACAAUGUUUACUCCUAAAAUUUAAAAAAAGAGAAAAGGAAACUUCCAAAUAUGUUCAUUGAGCAAUGGCGAUCAAUUUUACACUAUAUUUUCUCAAUUUGAAAAAAAAACAAACCCCAACUGAAAACCGAAACGGAUUAUUUUUAAUAUUAAC